AAGAGAUGUUGAGAAUGUGGACCUCAAGAAGUUAUGAGUUACGGAAUUCUCUUAACACUGUCAUUCUUCCACUUGGACGGCUUGACAUUGGACUUUCUCGCCACAGAGCCCUGCUUUUUAAGGUUCUAGCUGAUAGAAUUAAUCUCCCAUGCAUGCUGGUCAAAGGGAGCUAUUACACUGGUACUGAUGAUGGAGCUGUGAACCUGGUUAGAAUCAACAAUGGAAGUGAGUAUAUUAUUGAUCUGAUGGGUGCUCCUCGCAGACUAAUUCCUGCUGAAGUACCAAGCUGUCACCUCCUAAAUUCUGCAGUGGAUGUAAGGGGCUUUUUUGAUCUUACUGAAGCCUCUAAUGGUUCAUGUUUGCUGGUUGACAAAGGAAUUGGAAAUGUGGCAGUUUCAGCUGCUCUAGAUACGGGCCCUAAAGUUGGUGCAAUGAGGUCAGCGGAAUUUAUCAGCAGUCAGACAACUGAAGAUGAGAAGAACAUCGCUGGAAGAGCUGUUUUUGAGUGGUCAGAACAGGAGUUUGGGGAGCUUCUUCCCUCGGCGCCUAAACAUAGUGAAAGUUUUUCUGGCAUUCUUGAAAAACCAUCAUCAGCGCAAAAGAGAAAGGUUAAGAAUGUUUCUAAGUAUGUUAUUAGUGCAGCAAAGGACCCAGAAUUCGCUCAGAAAUUACAUGCUGUUUUGUUGGAGAGUGGUGCAUCACCUCCUCCAGAUUUGUUCACGGAUAUUAAUUCACAGGAUCUUGGUGAAGAAAGUAUGCCUGAACAAGUAGUGAAAGGGACAAAUGUAGAUGAUGCUUCUAUCUGCCAUUCAAAUGAGUUGUCAAGCGAUGAGCACUGUCUUGUAUCCUCUAGAAUGGAGACUAAUUCCGAUACCAGACAAAAGCAAAUGUCUAAACAUCAAAGAGAGUUGGAAACGGAUGUCAUAAAAACUAAUGUUGCAUCUUCCUCUGAUGCUUCAAAAAAUGUCUUGGCCACAGAUGAGAAACUAAUACAAAGGACUUCUGAUACUGAUUUCAGUAAAGAAUCUGCAUUGGAAUUGAUUGAAACAAAAGAUAGUGACUUGCAUUUGGCUAGCAAUGGUCACAGUGAGAAGAUUUAUCCUAUGCUAAGGGAGGUUUCAGAAUGGGAAAUUCCAUGGGAGGAUCUUCAAAUUGGUGAACGCAUUGGUAUUGGAUCAUAUGGCGAGGUAUACCGGGCAGAUUGGAAUGGCACUGAGGUUGCCGUGAAGAAGUUUUUAGAUCAAGACUUCUCUGGUGAUGCAUUGGUUCAAUUUAAAUUUGAAGUUGAAAUCAUGUUAAGGUUGAGGCAUCCAAAUGUUGUUCUUUUUAUGGGAGCUGUUACUCGCUCCCCUCAUUUCUCUAUACUGACAGAGUUUCUCCCCAGGGGAAGUUUGUAUAAGCUACUGCAUCGACCCAAUCAUCAACUCGAUGAAAAGAGGCGAAUGCGGAUGGCUCUUGAUGUGGCUAAAGGAAUGAAUUAUUUACACACAAGCCAUCCUACUAUAGUGCAUCGAGAUUUGAAAACACCAAAUCUCCUUGUUGAUAAGAACUGGAUUGUAAAGGUCUGUGAUUUUGGGUUGUCACGCAUGAAGCAUCAUACUUUCCUGUCUUCAAAGUCUACUGCUGGAACGCCUGAGUGGAUGGCACCAGAGGUUUUAAGGAAUGAACCGGCCAAUGAGAAAUGUGAUGUGUACAGUUUUGGUGUGAUAUUAUGGGAGUUGGUUACGUUAUGUAUUCCCUGGAAAGGUUUGAAUCCAAUGCAAGUUGUUGGAGCUGUUGGGUUCCAGAAUAGGCAUCUAGACAUUCCUGAAGACGUUGAUCCAAUGGUUGCACAGAUUAUACGUGAAUGUUGGCAAACGGAGCCACACUUACGACCGUCAUUUGCACAGCUAGUGUCUCGUCUGCGACGUCUUCAACGUCAGUAUAUUGAAAGGCCAAAUUCAACAAAUCAAAUAAUAGGAUGAACAGUGCAGUGUUGAUGUAAUAAGUACUUGAUUAGCUGUUUCCUGGGUCAAAAAGUCAGGCAACCGGAAGGUUUUUCUUUAAUGUGCAGAGAAAGUUGAAAAGAGUUAGGAGUGGCAAAAGUGUUGGCUCAUUCGAAGUGGGGGAUCAGCACUACCCAUCCUGAACACUGGAUUCCUCAUAAGUAAGCAGCCGCAUAAGAGCAGUGGAGGAUACCACUAAAAAUUUGUGGUUAGUAUUAUGAAUAGGUAGCAUCGUCAAAGUGUAAGAAAAUUCCCAAAGGAAAAACAAAAAGGCAUAAAGUAGAAAGAAAGAAAGAAAAGAAAAUAAACAGUCUUCGAAGUCUUUGUCUUGGGUAAGAAGUCCUAGUUCCUGGAAUUGUAAACAUGUGAUCUCUAUAGCUCAUUGUG